AUGUCGAAAACCAGCUACCGCACGGCAAGAGUUGGGGGGCCAAGGGAAGCCCCAGAGGUGUGUGCUCUGCCUGACCAGAUUCCUGUGGCACUACACAGGCUGAUAGAAGCUUUGGAGAGACAAGGGUUGGAGAGUGAGCCUCUGUACCGGACCACCCCAGCCUCCACCGGACCCCCAAAACUGAGACAGGUUCUAGACACAGACCCAGCGUCAGCGGAUGUGGACGAGUAUGAGCUGGUGGUGUUGCCUGAUAGUCUGAGGGGUUUCCUUCAGGACCUGCCCUCCCCCAUCAUCCCAGCCGUGGUCUACAGUGAACUGAUCUACACCGCCCAAGAGACUCAGAGCGUGGAGGAGUGUGGCGAGAAGCUGAAGAAGAUCCUAGAGUCCCCCAGUGUCCCCCAGGCCAACCACCAGCUCCUGGUGCACCUCACCAGACACUUGGUCAGGGUGGCCCAGAGUGGGGCUCAGAACCAGGCCAGCCCCAGGCUUCUAGGCCAGACCUUCAGUGAGGCCAUCUUCAAACACUCCCACUUCUGUGCGGACGUAAACCCAGAACACCACGUGAAGAUCAUGGAGGCCCUGAUUGCAGCCGGGGGACUGGUGGAGAUACAGGCAGCCCCAGCAGAAACAAUGCCUGGAGGGUCAGCCAACCUCAGGGUAACACUGUCAGAGAAGAUCAUUAGACCUAAAGAGGUUGUUAGGAUUAUCUUGUAA